ACAAUGAUGGAAAAGAACACUCCCCCUUCCUAUCACAUCAAUACAACAGAUGUGUCUGGAAAAAAUGGCUCUAAUUCUAUCAACAAGUAUGCUGAGCUGGGAAGCUCUCUCCACACUAUGUCUCUCAUUGUUUACUGCCUGGCCUUUGUUCUUGGUGUGCUCGGGAAUGGAGUGGUUAUCUGGGUGACCGGAUUCAAGAUGAAGAAAACAGUGAACACAGUUUGGUUCCUCAACCUCGCUGUGGCCGACUUCCUCUUCACAGCGUUUCUGCCCCUGAAUGUGGCGUACCUGGUUUUGGAUUUCCAAGGUUCUUUUGGUGAGUUCAUAUGCAAACUGAACAGCACAUUAAUCUCCCUGAACAUGUUUGCCAGUGUCUACAUUCUGAUGGUGAUCAGUGUGGACAGAUAUGUAUCUGUGGUGUGGCCCAUCUGGACCCAGAUCCAUCGAAAUGUACACAAGGCAUCGUUUGUCAGUCUGGGUGUUUGGAUACUGGCUCUGAUUCUCAGCACUCCAUACUUCAUCUUCAGGGACACUGAACCUUCACAAAACAAUAAAGACAUUAUCCACUGCUUAUACAGCCUUUUCCUCUGUAAAGAUGAUGAAACACUGUCUGUGAAUCAGCUGCGACAGUUUCGUCAUCAGGCCUUGACCAUCACCCGCUUCCUAAUGGGAUUUGUUGUCCCCUUCACUGUCAUUGUCUCCUGCUAUGCUGUGGUAAUCCAUCGAAUCAGAGAACACCCCAUCCUGGCCAGGCAGUCAAAUCGCCCCUUUAAGAUCAUCGCUGCAGUUAUCACCACUUUUUUCCUGUGCUGGGCUCCCUUUCACAUCAUGGCUUUAAUUGAGUUAGUAAACUUCAUAUCUGCUUAUCAAAGUGAAACAUUAUUCAAUGUCACCACUAUUGGGAUCCCACUAACCACCGGCAUGGCCUAUAUCAACAGCUGCUUGAACCCAGUGCUGUAUGUGUUCAUGGCCCAAGAUUUCAAGGAUAAAGUCCGCAAAUCCAUCAUGAAAAUAUUAGAGACUGCAUUUCAGGAAGAGGUUUCUGGCUCUCAAACUGACGCAAAGUCAGCGGACACCAGUCAGAGCAAAGAGACAUCAGCUCAUAAUACUGCAGUAUAA